GUGUGCGGAGGCGGGCGAGGCGCACUUGGCUGGAGAGAGCGCGCGCGAGCGAUACACGUGUCUCCUUGGAAUUAGAGCCUCAGUUUGCCCCGCUUCCUAUGCCGGGCAAGUUCGGCGCGCCCCGUCGACUCCCCUUUGUGUUUCCCGACCCCACCCCACCACGCAGCUUCCUUGGAUCGGUGGCCCAACUUGGCUAAACUACUUUGUCCCGGGAGCGGCGCCGGGGGACCGGGCACUGCGCAUGCGGAGCUCCAAAUUCAAACAGCUGUUUGCUGAGGCUGCGGGCCGGCGGCCGCCGAGAAGCGAGGGCUAGAGGGAACUUUCUGGAGGAGGCGGCUGCCCGACAGCCAUGGUGGACCGAGGUCCUCUGCUCACCUCGGCCAUCAUCUUCUACCUGGCCAUCGGGGCGGCGAUCUUCGAAGUGCUGGAAGAGCCACACUGGAAGGAGGCCAAGAAAAACUACUAUACGCAGAAGUUGCAUCUACAGCGCGAGUUCCCAUGCCUGAGCCAGGAGGGCCUGGACAAGAUCCUGCAGGUGGUAUCUGAUGCAGCGGGACAGGGCGUGGCCAUCACGGGGAACCAGACCUUCAACAACUGGAACUGGCCCAAUGCGAUGAUUUUUGCAGCCACGGUCAUCACCACCAUUGGUUAUGGCAAUGUGGCUCCCAAGACCCCGGCGGGCCGCCUGUUCUGCGUCUUCUAUGGUCUCUUUGGGGUGCCGCUCUGCCUGACGUGGAUCAGUGCCCUGGGCAAGUUCUUCGGGGGACGAGCCAAGAGGCUAGGCCAGUUUCUUACCAGGAGAGGCGUGAGCCUGCGGAAGGCGCAGAUCACAUGCACAGCCAUCUUUAUCCUGUGGGGCGUCCUGGUUCAUCUGGUGAUCCCGCCCUUCGUGUUCAUGGUGACCGAGGAGUGGGACUACAUCGAGGGACUCUACUACUCCUUUAUCACCAUCUCCACCAUCGGCUUCGGAGACUUUGUAGCCGGUGUGAACCCCAGCGCUAACUACCAUGCCCUGUACCGCUACUUCGUGGAGCUCUGGAUCUACCUGGGGCUGGCCUGGCUGUCUCUCUUUGUCAACUGGAAGGUCAGCAUGUUUGUGGAGGUGCACAAAGCCAUUAAGAAGCGGCGGCGGCGGCGGAAGGAGUCCUUCGAGAGCUCCCCACACUCCCGGAAGGCCCUGCAGAUGACUGGGAGUGCGACGUCCAAGGAUGUCAACAUCCUCAGCUUUCUGUCCAAAAAGGAGGAAACCUACAAUGACCUCAUCAAGCAGAUCGGGAAGAAGGCAAUGAAGACCAGCGGGGCUGGGGAGAGGGUCCCAGGCCCAGGUCCCCAGCUGGGCUCUCAGGGGAGUGGGCUGCCAGCAAUCCCUGCAUCCCUGGUGCCACUGGUGGUCUACUCCAAGAACCGGGUGCCCAGCUUGGAGGAGGUGUCCCAGACCCUCAGGAACAAAGGCCAUGUGUCUAGGCCCCCUAGUGAGGAGGCUGGGGACCCCGAGGCUGAGUCCCCGACCUCUGAGGCCUUCAGCAACCAGCUGGACCGCAUCAGCGAGGAGGGCGAGCCCUGGGAGGCCCUGGACUACCAGCCACUCAUCUUCCAGAAUGCCAACAUCACCUUCGUGAGCGAGGAGGCCAGCCUCCUGGAUGAAGAGACCUCCAAGUCCUCACUGGAGGACAACCUAGCAGGAGAAGAGCAGCCCCCACAGGGUGCCACAGCUCAGGCACCCCUGAACAUGGGCGAGUUCCCCUCGUCGGAUGAGUCCACCUUCACCAGCACCGAGUCGGAGCUGUCUGUGCCUUACGAGCAGCUCAUGAAUGAGUAUAAUAAGGCCAACAGCCCCAGGGGCACGUGAGACAAGGCCGGCUCCCCACCCCACUGGAGGUAGGGGCAGCCCUGGACUGGGAGUGGGUGGCCAAGGCCUUGUUGUCCUUCUGUCCCCUCCAGCCAGGUAGCCCCUGGCAGUGUGGAGGCUACUGUCCUGAGUGGGCUAGUGUCUCCGGUUGUGGAGGCACGUGUGCAGGGGGCCUGACCCCGCGAGGGCCUGCACCUGCGUGGCUCCUCAGCCUGUGCUCAGUGGCUGUCACACGGUUCUUGGAGGCCCGGGCCUUAGCUGAGCCCACCUGUGUUAGGAGCAGCUCUGUGGGGCUGGCACUAGCUGGACAUUUCCAAGAGGGUAUGAGGGGCCCACACAUCCGGGUCUGCCUCAAGAGUUUUUGGGGUGACAGCUGUGAUGCGCCUCAGUGCCCCAGCAGCAGGAAGACCAGCUCCCUGUCUACCUGCUGGUCUGUCCUUGUUCCCGGGCCCAAUUAAGGACCUAGCUGCCCUCCGGUACCCCCACUUCUCCCCACCCUAGACCAACAUGGAGGGACCACACUGCUCUUGGCUCCCAGAUGGGCCAUGGCCAAAAAUGUGAAUGGAGCUCUUGUCUCCAGCUGUGUGUGCGCACCGGCUGUGUGUGCGCGCGCGUGUGUGCGUGAGUGUGCGGAAGGAAAGCCUUAGGCUGGGGAGAAAUGAUAAUGUGAAACCGGUUCCGGUGGGUGGAAGUGGUGGGUGGGGCUCGCUGCUUACUCCGUUCUCGGGUUUUCAGUGACGCUUACCUAGAUCAGCUCACUUUGCCCUGAAUGUUUUUGUUCUACUAUUUUUUUUUUUUUCCCCUAAUGAACUGCUGUUUUGAUACCUGAAUCUGUUGUUGGCUUUGGAGCCAGUAAAGAUCAGGGUCUAGAGAAUUGGGGUGCCUGGUUCAGCCCCCCAAAUCAGCUGGCCCUCUCGUGCUGCCCUGAGCCAAGUCUAUGAUGUCAAGAGCUGCGACCUCACACGUGGUUCUGGAGGGGACCCUGAGGUUAGAGGUGGACAGAGGCACCCGGAGGCCAGGCCGGGCCCAGGCUCCCGCCCUCCAGCCUGGUGUCCUGCUGCCCCUCUAUCCCAGUGUGCCCCCCAACCUGGGACCUGGUAGGGGACCUGUGUCCACACCCCUUCCCCUCAUUCUCUAAGCGGUUGCCACAGGGUGGGAGAAGCCGCCGGAGUGUUCUGUGAGCGGUUCCGGUUCCGCAAGCUCCGCCGGCUGCCGGCUGUCCUGGAAGCACACACUGUAUGUACAUUCUGGCGAUGAUGGCAAAUGUAAUUUAUUUUACCAUUUUUGCAAUAAAACGUGGA